CGGCCGCGGCGGACAGCUGCCUCCGGGAGGAGAAGGAAGAGGGGCCGCAAGAAGGAGGGAAGACGUGAGCCGUGGGGGAGGAAGAGGAGCCUAGGACCCGCCCCACGCACAAUUGAUGGGCGGUUCCUCUGCUGUGGGCCUGCCCACCCGCUCUGCCCCGCCGCCCCUUUAGUCCCUGGCAAGGGGCAAAAGUGCUGAUCCCCAAGGAGCAGCAGGGGUCCAUCUUUCUGUUUUUAACCCCACCAUUUUCUGAAAAGGGGGGAGCAGGAGCAACUUGAUGCAGGUCGGGAGCUAAGAACCAUGUUGCAUGAAACAAGGGACAGGCAGAAGUUUGUCAGUGAUGUUCAAUAUCUGCGGGACAUGCAGCAUAAGGUGGACUCGGAAUAUCAGGCUUGUUUGAAACGACAGGAUUACAAAAAAGACACAAAUGACAAGAAACAGGAUCAGCUAUGGGGGAAAGACACAGGUGACAGAUCCCGGUUUCCAAGUGGGUCAUCGUCCAAACAGAGUUCCAGUGAGGAGGAUUCUUUAAGUGAACCACGAACAUCUACCAAGAUAUGUAAGUGUGAGCCCAGACUUCCAGCCAUUGAUCAAACACCAGUCAAGCAGAAACACAAAAGUACUAUGACACCAAAGAAGCCAGAUAAAGUGAGCCCCAGCAAACCCUCCUCAGGUGAGUGUCAAAGCACUUGGUGGUCAAAACCAAACCUUGAAGGAUCAUUAGGGUGGUGCUGGCUGGGGAGGAAAGGCCCUGUGGAAGGCAGGCUCUCUCCUCAUGAGAUGGCACAGGCACCAAAGAUUUUAUCAAGGAAGAGGAGGCCAAACCUGGGGAGACUGACAGUGAGCCCGGAAAUGCACAGCCCAAGAGCAUCUGGAGAGAGAAGCAGACAGAAACCACAGCUGUCAGCAAAGGCACUCCUGGGAGCAGAUCCAAUUGCCCAACCAGAAAGCCUGAUGUGUGCAAAUGAGACUAAGCUGAAGAGGCCAGCUCGGGAGAGGAGAAACUUAGCCUCAUCCUCAGAGCUCAUGAGAACAGCUGGGAAGCCCCUUGAGAGACAGAGAAAAGGAGACCCAAGUGUUCGUCCCCAGAAUGAGCCCCACGCUGCCCUCUCGCAGGCCUUCCAGCCAACGAACGGUCCUCAAGUGCUGAGUGAGACUCUGGGGCCUCCACUCCUACCCUCCACUGUGGUAGGACCAAGAAGGACACCAUUUAGGUUCCACGAUGAAGAUUUUUACUCUGCGCUGUCAUUAAACAGUGAACAAGAAAACUAUGACACGGAAGAGGAAACCCGCAUGGAAGAGGAGCUUCUGCUGGUUGGAAUGCGUUCUCCUCCCAGACAUAAGAGAAGCCGAUUUCUUGGGACACCAGCCACUCCAAAUAGAAAUGUUGAGGAAAACGCUGAAAAUCUCCGAGGAAGUUUUGUAAGAUGGAGUGAGGCCAACCCUGGAUCUCCAGGAAAAAGCAGCGCCACAGAGCCAGCAUCAAAGCAGCCUUCUGCUGAGCAAAGGACACUUGAGGAUAGCAGGCUACGUGGGGAGUUGGCUAAAGAGAACCCCAGUGGAGACCAAGAAGGUGAGAAGACUGCUCUUUCGGGGGACGCCACAUCUAACAAUGUCAUCCGAGACCGUGCCGAAGAUGGAUCCAGUGACUGUCCUAUGGAAGUCAGGCCUGAAGCUCAUCAUCAUGAGAGAGACUGGCAAAGUUACCUACGUGGUUCUAGGAAUUCAUUUGACUGCUUACUUUCUGGGAGACCCUUAGCUCCAAGAUCAUCAAUGAGUACGCCUUUUAGCACUCAUGGGUCACUGCUGCAUUCUGCUCUGAUAGAUGACAUUCCAGCAAGCUUGUCCAUGUCAUCUAUUCUAGUCCCUAGUUCAGACAUGGAGGAAAACCUAAGGUUCAAUGUACGCCGGCCACUCUCACCGAUCAGAAAUAGGAAUCCGCUGGCUACUGCACAAAACCACACUGAUGACAUCCCAGGAGAAGAGACGAUGGCUUCAACUCCGAGCCAAGCUCGGGAGUCUCCACUGUUGGCCGAAGAUCGUUCAAAUCCUCAAAGCAGUGAGACCUUGAGGAAUUCUCCCAGCUCUUCUACAAGGCGACAUUUACAAGGCCAUUUCUACAUGCCUGGGUCCCUGCCAGAAAGCAUACCUUUUACUUUCUUUGCAGUGUCUGAUUUUCCAAAUCAAAAUGUUCACGAGGACAGUGUCACUGAUGAAAAGGGGGCCACAGAAAUAAAGGCAGACCCUGAGAAACUGAGGAAAUUGCAAGAAAGUCUCCUGGAGGAGGACUCCGAGGAGGAGGGAGACUUGUGUCGCAUCUGUCAGAUAGCCGGGGGUUCCCCAACCAACCCGCUCCUGGAGCCUUGUGGCUGUGUGGGAAGCCUGCAGUUCGUUCACCAAGAGUGCCUGAAAAAGUGGCUGAAAGUGAAAAUAACAUCAGGAGCAGAUCUGGGUACUGUGAAGACCUGUGAGAUGUGUAAACAAGGCCUUCUGAUAGACCUAGAUGACUUCAACAUGACUGAAUUCUACCACAAGCACCAGCAAUCCCGGGCACAGAGUGAGCUGAUGAACUCCGGCUUGUAUCUGGUGUUGCUGCUUCACCUGUAUGAACAGAGGUUCGCAGAACUCAUGACACUCAACUACAGGCGGGCUUCCAGAGAGAGGUUGUCAAGAAAUUACCCACAACCCAGACCGGAAGAAAAUGAAAGUUCCGAGUCGGGAGAUGGUAAUGAAAGCAGUGUCUACCCGGGCCGGGUCAUCUAGUGAGGUCGAGGAGUGCAGCAGAGCCCUCUCCACCCAGAUGGCCUUCCUCCGCCCCCGUGCUUCCCUUCUUCCCUCCUCUUUACUGAAACUGAAGCCAAUGUGUUCACAGUUACCAUUCUCACCUGUGCCACUCCGUUCAGGGGUCUGGCUUGAGCAUCCAUGGGCAGCCACGGGGACCAACCUCAUCCCAGCCAACACAGCCGAGUCCCGGGUGGGCUUUCCUGCUGCAGCCCCUCAGCCCAGCAGCCCAAGUGGACCCAGCAACUCUGGCAGCCCAGCAGCCUGGGCUCCCACUGCUGAGGGCCUUUGUUCAGGCCUCAGCCCACCCUGAGUGGAGUGGA